ACCUAUCAUUAUACUUGACAACCGCAUUGACAGUCGCGAAAAUUUCUUUUUUUUUAUUUUUCUUAAGCCAAAAACAUAAUUCAAACUAGAAAAUCCAAUGUCUAAAUCGAAAAAAAGCCACAAAUCAAGUGAUUCCGAAAUGGAAACAAGUGAUGAUUCAACAUCCAGCUCUUCAGACUCCUCUUCAUCCGAGGAAGAGCAAGAGAAACGUGAAAAGAAAAAACGUAAACAAAAAGACAAGCAAAAGAAGAAGAAGCACAAGAAAGUAAAAAGCGCAAAGAAAAAAUCUUCCAAACAUGAUUCUGCAAGCGAAGAUUCCUCAGAUGAAUCCGACGACGAUUCGAAAUCCUCAGAAGAUGAGGCUGUGGCAAAGAAAAAGAUAAAGAAAGAAGAGGAAAGAUCACCGUUGAGAGUAAAACGAGAGAAAUCUCGCAGCCGUGAGCGAGAAACAUAUGGAAGAAAUUCCAAAUGGGAAAGUCCACCUCCAAGAAAAGGAAGAAGUCGCAGUAGAGAAAGACCAAGAAAUGCUAGAAGUCGCAGUCGGGAGAGACAGAGAAGCGAAAGAAGCCGUAGCCGGGAGAGAAAUAGACCCGAAAGUGGUCGCAGUCAUAAUAGGGACAGAUCACCGGAAUAUAAACGCGAGCGGAAUACGGAACGUUAUCAACAUUCUAAUAGAGAUUAUCGUGGAGAUAUUAAACGAGAACGUGAUGAUAGAAGGGAUUUUAAAGGUAGAGGAGAUAGAGACCCGGAGAGGAACAAUGAUAGAAGAGACCGCAGUCCCAGAAGAGACAGAGAACGUUCCCGGGAACGUGACCGAGAUUAUGUAAAACGUGAAACACGUUCUCCUAACCGCUCUAGAGGGGGAGGAAAUCGUUUUAAAAAUAAACGCCAAGAUGAUGAUAGCGGUAACUACGAAUGGGGUAAACCUUCGGAUAAAAACGCCGAAAAGGAACAAGAGCCCGAAACAAAAGAAAAGGAAAAACCAAAUUUUGCUUUAAGUGGCGCCCUUACAGAAGAUGCCAAUAAAGUAAACGGUGUAGUAGUAAAGUAUGCUGAACCUCCAGAGGCUCGUAAACCCAAAAGACGUUGGCGUUUAUAUCCCUUUAAAGGAGAAACUGCUUUGCCUGUACUACACAUCCAUCGACAAAGUUGUUUUUUGGUGGGUCGUGAUCGCAAAGUAGUCGAUUUAGCAGUGGAUCAUCCCAGCUGCUCGAAACAACAUGCUGCCCUACAAUAUCGUCUAGUACCCUUCGAACGUGAGGAUGGUACACAGGGCAAACGAGUACGUUUGUAUUUGAUAGAUUUGGAUUCUGCAAAUGGUACAUUCUUGAAUAACAAACGUAUUGAUGCUCGCAAAUAUUACGAACUGAUGGAGAAGGAUGUGAUUAAGUUUGGUUUUAGCACCCGCGAAUAUGUUUUACUGCACGAGAACAGUAAGGAGGAUCAAGAGGAUGAUGAUAUUGAGGUUAAGGAAGAGCCUAAGGAUGAUUAAAUUUAGAAUUAUUUUAAAAAUAUGAUGCAAAUACAAGUUAUUAAAAUUAAA